AUGGCGGAACCCAGCGGGCUCACGGACGAGGCAGCCUACGGCGCCUGCUCGGAGCCAGAUGCCAGCACCAAGGAUUUCAUAUUUCAGCAGACAAUGUUAAGAGUAAAGGAUCCUAAGAAGUCAUUGGAUUUUUAUACAAGGGUACUUGGAAUGACACUGCUUCAAAAAUUUGACUUUCCUCCUAUGAAGUUCUCACUCUAUUUCCUGGGGUAUGAAGAUAAAAAUGACAUCCCGAAAGAUAAAGCCGAGAGAACACCUUGGACCUUCUCUAGAAAAGCCACACUUGAACUGACACACAACUGGGGCACUGAAAAUGAUGACAGUCAGUCUUAUCACAAUGGCAAUUCAGAUCCCCGAGGAUUUGGACACAUUGGAAUUGCUGUUCCAGAUGUCUAUAAAGCUUGUAAGAGGUUUGAAGAACUAGGAGUGAAAUUUGUGAAGAAACCAGAUGAUGGUAAAAUGAAAGGACUUGCAUUUGUUCAGGAUCCUGAUGGCUACUGGAUUGAAAUUUUGAAUCCUAACCACAUGGUGACUCUCACUUAGUUCUAGUGAAGUAUAUUGUAUAAGAGGCCUACUUUCAGACUCCUGGAGAAAUCUGUAACAGUGUUUGUGAAAUUUGCUUAAUAGAGAGGAAUCAGUCAUGUUCAGAGUCUCCUUCAAAACUAUCCCCUGGGACCUCACUAGGAUUCCUUUUUACUUGUCCUGUGAUGCCACUGCAAAUUGUUUCCAGUUAGGAAUACUCAGUCAUUUUCUGGAAGAGCACUUACACAGAUUCUCCUCUUGAACAUUCGUUAUAUUAGUAUUUCAAUAAACACUCUCAAAGAUAUGUGACCAGAAACUCACUGCAUCUCACAUGGAUUAAACAACAACAAAUCCUGUGUUACUACUGUUGAGCAUCAACGAGGAGGCAAAAAGAAACUUCAGCAUAUUUUCUAAUGUCAGAAGACCCUGAAGACUUCAUGUCCUAUCUUGUAUACUAAAAAAUAAAAUGUCAAGCUAAUUUUGAUGAGCAUGCUUAUAAAAGUCAUAAUCUUAUUUACAUUAGUCCAGGCAAAAUUUAAGGAGCAGUCUUAAACAGUCUUGCAGAAAGAAAUUUUAUAGAGGCGAUAAAUUUGUACAGCAGAAAGAAUUCAGUCUUUCAGCUCAGUUUCUAACUGCUGAUUGACAGUCAAGAGAAGAGGUCUCACAGCUGCUAAUCCGUCGUUGACUCUUGCCUCUUUCAACACUAGGAAGAACUUGCUCAUAAUUUUUGUUUCAGUAGAAGCCUGGGGCUAUAUUUGAGUUAAAUGCUCUGUAUAUUCUGCCUUAGGAAAUUAAUGAAAAACAGUAUCUAAAACAAGAGUUUCCUACUACUAGGGCAUUUGAUCUGCCUUCCUAAAACAAGUAAUGGUAUAUACCUGUGAGCAGCAGGAAAACAUGUAGCAUUUUCAUGUGUUAAACAAAUUAUUCGACUUUAUGCAGUUUCACAUGUUAUAAACAGUGUAAAUGAUGAGAAGUUUGAUUUUUUUUUUUUGUGUUUGUUUUUGUUUUUGCUUCCAACAAGGAAAGAGAAACCCUUUGCCUUGUCUUAUUCUGGUCUGAGUAGCACCUGACUUCUUCAGUUAUGUGGCUAUCAAAUAAUGUGUAAUGUAACCAAAGGCUUAACAGACAGUGUUAUUGCAGUUCACUUCUCAAUAAAGCAUUGGUGAAAACUACAAAAAAGCAUGAUGACCUUUUGCUUUGCUUAUUGUUGAAAUUCUAGAUGACUGAAAGGUUCACUGUUUUGCUUUGAGGAUUCUGUUUUGAAUCACUGUAUGCAGCAGUGAAGUUUCCAGUGGUCCUUUCCUGUAGACUCUUCACAGACCUCACCUCUUGUACACCUCUUGUCUGUCUCUUGGACAGUGCCAGUGCCAAAGGGAACUGUGUCACCUAAAAACUGGGUAAGGCACGCCUCCAGCUCCUCCUGCCCUGUGCUGGACCUAGACAGUGGAAGGAUCCCAGUUAAGACCCCAUGGGUGUGGAAAAGCUGCUCUAUGAAAAGCCAGCGUCCACAAAGGAAUCCUGCAAAUUUAUUUUAAU